AUGGCGGCAGGGACUGAGCGGAAUCGAAGCCUAGGGGCGGGCCGGAGGACCGGCCUAAAGAUACUCCCUCCACUGCCAGCCAGCCCACUGUGCCCCUUCCCCCCAGCUCCACGUCACUCGCAUUCCUCCCUGGCGGCCUUGAAGGGGAAAUGGAAAGGCAGCCCAAGCCCCCACAGCCCUGUGCUUAUCCAGUUCCCUACAUUCCCCAAACUUCCUAUGGCUGAAGCCAAUGGCUUCAUUCCUCUCAGCAGCACAACAUACCCUGUGGUUGUGAAGAUGGGCCACGCACAUUCUGGGAUGGGCAAGGUCAAGGUAGACAACCAACAUGACUUCCAGGACAUCGCCAGCGUUGUGGCACUGACUAAAACAUACGCCACUGCUGAGCCCUUCAUUGAUGCCAAAUACGAUGUGCGUGUCCAGAAGAUUGGGCAGAACUACAAGGCCUAUAUGAGGACAUCAGUGUCAGGGAACUGGAAGACCAACACAGGCUCUGCCAUGCUUGAGCAGAUUGCCAUGUCUGAUAGGUACAAGCUGUGGGUAGAUACAUGCUCGGAGAUUUUUGGGGGGCUUGACAUCUGCGCAGUGGAAGCACUGCAUGGCAAAGACGGAAGGGACCACAUUAUUGAGGUGGUGGGCUCCUCCAUGCCGCUCAUUGGUGAUCAUCAGGAUGAAGACAAGCAGCUCAUCGUAGAACUUGUGGUCAACAAGAUGGCUCAGGCUCUGCCUCGCCAGCGGCAGCGGGAUGCCUCCCCUGGCAGGGGCUCCCACAGCCAGACUCCAUCCCCAGGAGCUGUGCCCUUGGGCCGCCAGACCUCCCAGCAGCCUGCAGGACCUCCUGCUCAGCAACGCCCUCCACCCCAGGGAGGCCCUCCACAGCCAGGCCCAGGACCUCAGCGCCAGGGACCUCCACUGCAGCAGCGCCCACCCCCACAGGGCCAGCAGCAUCUUUCUGGCCUUGGACCCCCAGCUGGCAGCCCUCUGCCCCAGCGCCUACCAAGUCCCACUGCCGCACCUCAGCAGUCCGUGUCUCAGGCCACACCGGUGACCCAAGGUCAAGCGCGCCAGUCACGGCCAGUGCAGCCCCGGCCCAGCGGCCCAGGUCCUGCUGGACGUCCCACCAAACCACAGCUGGCCCAGAAACCCAGCCAGGAUGUGACCCCCCCCACCCCCGCCGCUGCCGGGGGACCCCCGCACCCCCAGCUCAAGUAA